UGAGAAAUGAAGAUAGGACGGGCUUAGUUUUCUCUAUUGAGGUCAAGCAGCUGCACAAAGUGCCUAAUAGCUCAUUAUUGGCUCAGCUGCCUGUCUGCCUCGAGCACAGUUUCAGAAUGUGGCCACUGGAGGCUCCCAGCAGUUUAUGCGUCACUUCAUUCCGAACGCCGAUGAUGGCGGAGCUCGAGAUAGUGCAGCCUGAACCGGAGGCGCCCGAAGUUCUCAAUGGGGACGCCGACGAAAACGAAGCGAAAGAGGACGCGGAGCCCUCGGAAACAGGGAAGAAAAAGAGAAGAAAAAAGAAGAAGAAGAAGACCGCUGUCCCAGCAGGGACAAAUGAGUCUGAGGGGGAUGGAGAUACGGGAGGAGGUGUUGGUGAUGUGACGAAACAGUUGGAGCAGCAAGCCCUGCCCGAGGACAUAGAUAAGGAGGAUGAUGGAGAGGAGGAUGGAGAAGAGGGUGAAAACUCCGCAGGGAAGAAGAAGAAGAAGAAGAAGAAUAAUAAGAAGGGAGUGAAGGGGCAGACUGACCCUCCCACUGUCCCUAUUUGUGAGCUGUAUCCCAGUGCUGUCUUCCCAAAGGGAGAGGAAUGUGAAUAUCCUCCAUCUAAAGACGGGCGCAGUGCAGCGUGGCGGACCACCCAUGAGGAGAAGAGGGUCCUUGACAAGGCCAACGAGGAGAUGUGGAGCGACUUCCGUCAGGCUGCCGAGGCCCACAGACAGGUCCGAAACUACAUCAACACCUGGAUCAAACCUGGGAUGACCAUGAUCGACAUCUGUGAACGACUGGAGGACUGCAGUAGGAGGCUGAUCAAAGAGAACGGUCUGAAGGCUGGCCUGGCAUUCCCCACAGGCUGCUCAAUCAACCAUGUUGCUGCCCACUACACUCCUAAUGCUGGUGACCCCACAGUCCUGCAGUACAACGACGUCUGCAAGAUAGACUUCGGCACGCACAUCAACGGUCGAAUCAUUGACUGUGCCUUUACCGUGACCUUCAACCCAAAGUACGACAGAUUACUGGAGGCUGUGAGAGAUGCUACCAACACAGGCAUCAGGUGUGCGGGGAUAGAUGUGCGUCUGUGUGACGUGGGUGAAACCAUCCAGGAGGUCAUGGAGUCUUAUGAGGUGGAGAUAGAUGGGAAAACAUACCAAGUAAAGCCAAUCAGGAACCUCAAUGGCCACUCCAUCGGCCAGUACAGGAUACAUGCAGGCAAGACUGUCCCCAUCGUCAAGGGAGGAGAAGCUACCAGAAUGGAGGAAGGUGAGGUGUACGCAAUCGAGACGUUUGGCAGCACUGGGAGGGGAGCUGUUCACGGUGACAUGGACUGCUCGCAUUACAUGAAAAACUUCAACGUUGGACACGUGCCAAUAAGGCUCCCCAGAGCUAAGCAUCUGCUCAACGUGAUCAACGACAACUUCGGGACGUUGGCGUUUUGCCGCCGCUGGUUGGACCGGCAGGGAGAGAGCAAGUACCUGAUGGCCCUGAAGAACCUGUGUGACCUGGGCAUCAUAGACCCGUACCCUCCUCUCUGUGACACCAAGGGCUCCUACACUGCCCAAUACGAACACACCAUCCUUCUCAGGCCCACCUGUAAGGAAGUGGUGAGCAGGGGUGAUGACUACUGAGUACGUUCCCGUGGGCCAGCUGUCCUCGAACCAGGAAGAACAGGAAGACAAAGAAUGAGAGAAGAUACAGUAUAUCACAAAAGUGAGUAUACCCCUCACAUUUUUGUAAAUAUUUGAGUAU